GACCAAAGAGGGCUAGCUAGUUAAAAUGCGGUUAGUGGGGCAAGACCAUCAACUCACCGACUUCGAAAUUCUUCUAUACGAUAUAUUUGACCACCAACAACUUUCACUAUUAAGAAAUCGGAAAUUAUUGCGACAUAGCAGAUAUCUGUCUCUUUACGAUUUCAUUUAUUCACGAAUGUGCGAUAAUCCAUACAUUAUUAAUUCAAGCCGGAGGUUUUAACUGUGUGGGAAACUUACCACUUUCAACCAUGUCCGAAAUCAUCUCGUUCGAUAACCUCGAUACUUAUCCCAAGUCAGAAUACAUAGCUGGUCUUGAGAAGGCUACUAAUUUAUUAUUUUGGGUAGUAGAUGAAGAACUUGACGGGUGUUUUACUGGUACGUACAGGUAUAAGGAUAAGUUAGAAGGGAUUGGAGUGUAUGCUUUGGCAAGGCUGGUAAACAGCGAAAAGGGUUACCGUCAUAUGACUUAACGCGACGAUCCAGAUGAAGGUAUCUGGAAGGUCCUUUCGUUUAAGGGUGUUCGGUCUGGCGAGGUGGGAGAAGAUAUUGGUAAGGCUGAGAAAGAAGCAGCCGCUGUGUUCUCAAUACUUCAUUUGCAUUGCAGGUCGAUGUUUGCCAUCUCAUCCAAAAACGAAGCUGGCACUACGACCUUGCAUGCAUACAUUCCUGAAAGAGAUGGAAUAAAAGCCCCAUUCGCAUCAUCUUUGGUAAAUCUAGGUCGCGCAGCGAUAAUACGAGUCCAAUCCGCAUUAGCAACAGGUCUCAUAUCUUGCAGGUGUAUACGCGGUAAUGCUCAUCCUGAGCAUGAACCUAAUCCUCACUCUCACGCGAAUCCUUAUCGAUACGUCGAAUUAAACAAGGACGAGGAGGGUCGCAACUCAGUAUUCUCUAAGCUGGAGGAAUUAUAAUUUGGAGAUGCUGAAUUAAUGAACGCUUUGCAAACUGAAGAAUCAAUUAGGAUGGGUGUUAUAAUGACAGCGAUUGAUGAAUUACAGACGGGUGAUGGUUGAAGUUGCGAGCACCGAGAAGAGGUUUAUAUUGAGCAAGAUGGAUGAAUGAACCUGAAUCAUACGAGGUUUACCUUGUGUCUUUUUUCACCGGAAGCUGUUAUGAAGUGAGUUCCUUGUGAUUCAAUCUAAAGCAAUUUAUUCAACCAGAACA